CUUCUUCUCAAUCCCCUGCAUCUCUAACACCAUUCUUUUUGUUUCUCUUUGACUACUGCAAAUGGAAACAAAGGAAGAAGAGGAUGCCAGCUUGGUGGAAGAAAGAGAAGCAAAGGUGGUGCCUUUACUUUAUCCAGGGGUUCACAUCAAGAGAAAAGCAUGGUUUCUGAAGCCCAUUGCAAACACCAUGGAUGAUGGACUCCCUGAAACUCCAGUAACUCAUCCUCCGCACUAUAAAGCUCCCACCUUUACCUCUGAAGAACCCCACAAUGUCAAACUUGAAGGGUGGGUGAACCCACAGGCACUGUGGGUGAAGUGGGUGAGCAAGCUUCAACCACGUUAUGGUGAUUCAUGGAGGAAAGCCGGCAUCUUUGAUGCAAUCCAGGUCUCCACUUACAAAAUCAAGAAAAGCCUUUCUUUGGUUCUUGGAGUUGCUGCUUUCUGGUGCCAAGAAACCAAUACAUUUCUCUUCCCUUGGGGUGAGGCCACUCUCACACUGGAGGAUGUCAUGGUGCUUGGAUGUUUUUCCGUUCUCGGUGAGCCAGUGCAAGGGGAACCUCUUCCUGGUGAGCGAGCAGAGCUUGAAUUUCAAAUGAUUCAAGAGCUGAGAAAUUUCAACCAGUCUUCUUGCAAGAAAGCACAUCAGUCAGCAUGGAUGAAGCACUAUUACUCUCAAGGUAAUGGAGGUGAGUUGGAGCACAUUGCUUUCUUGGCAUUUUGGUUGUCUAGAUUUGUUCUUCCUGUUCAUCCUGUAGAUACAGUGAGACGCAGUGUGAUACCUAUUGCCAUUAGAUUGGCUCAGGAAACAAGGAUAUCUUUUGCACCUGCGGUACUUGCAAGUCUUUACCAUGAUUUGGGAAUGGUUAAGAACUAUGUUCUUGCUAAUGGCCAGAGAAGGCAAUCUCCCUUUGGUUUUUGGUGGCUAAUUUCAAGAUACUGCAUCUGUGGGUGUGGGAGAGGGUGGGCACUUCAAUGGCGCCCUUAUCCUAUGAUUAGUGUGGAUGAAGGGAAAUGGUUUACUGGUUGUGUGGAUGAAGAUGAUGAACUGAGAUCGUUUGCUCGGUGUUUGAGAAUGUGUGAGCUUGUUGGGAUCGAUUGCAUUGAGAAGUACUUUCCAAACAGAGUGGUGUUAUUUAGUGGUGUAGUUGAAUUUGAUGAGAAACCGGGAAAUUCUAAGAAGAGUUUUAAAAAAUUUCUGAGGGAGCUGCAUGCAGUUAAGAAGAGGAAGAGGAUGGUUAAUGGGAAGAAACAGAGAGAUGGAGAUUCUUAUGAUAUUAAACUUUUCGAUUGGCUUUCUCUGAACAAGCGUACUUCGAGCAAGAAGAUGAAUCCUGUUGAUGAUCAUUCUAUUUCUGCUCCUUCGAAUAUCAAGGUGAAUGGUUUAUGUUUAACUGACAAAAAGAGAAGAGCUAAGAAAAUUUUGCUGAAAAAGAAGAAGAAGAAGAGACUCUCACAUCUUGAUGAAGCUAAGAACAAGAGUGAUGUAUUUACACAAACAGAAGAAGGAGAAAGAAGGCAAAGUAGAGAACCUGCUCAAUCUGAGAUUAAUGAUAAAGAGAACAUGAAUGGAGAGUCAAUUUACAGUUCAUCAUUUAUUGAGGAACUUGAAGCAGCGUUUGAGCCUCAACUGGCAAAAAUUCAGAGCAAUGAAACUGUGAACAGUGUGAAUUCAAUCAGGAAAGAAUCAGAACUUGCAAUGCAGAUUAAAAAGCUCAAAGAAGAGAUUGCUGUAAUUGAAGCAAGAGUGAUGAGCUUGGAUUCCUUGAGAGAUGGAAACCCAUGCUCAGUAAUGCCUUCAUCUAGUGUGUGUAUAUCUGGUAAAGAUAAAUCUUAA